AUGCCCCAAACGUGGCUCAUAACCGGCACAUCCUCCGGGCUCGGCGCCUCCCUGGCCCUCGCGGCCCUCCGCGCCGGCCACCGCGUCCUCGCCACAGCGCGCAACACCAGCACAGCAUCGACCCUACAACCCGAAAUCACCUCACUGGGCGGGAUCUGGAUUCCCUUGGACGUGAACGACCCCGACACGCCCACCAUCAUUCAAAAUGCCAUCAACACGCACGCAGACGGGGUCAUCGACGUCGUCGUCAACAACGCGGGAUACUCCCUGCUAGGGAGUAUCGAGGACAUGAGCGAAGCGGAGAUUGAGUCCCAAUUCAAUACGAAUGUGCAUGGCCCGAUACGGGUGUUGAAGGGCGUGUUACCGUUUAUGAGGAAGAAGAGGGCCGGGACGGUGGUGAAUGUUAGUAGUAGUGCGGGCGUGGAUGGUGCGCCGGGGUGUGCGGUUUAUGCGGGGUCGAAGUUUGCGCUUGAGGGCAUGACAGAGUCCCUAUCGAAAGAACUCCACCCCUUCGGGAUCCGCGUUCUACUCAUUGAACCUGGGUACUUCCGGACCAAGUUCUUCAGUGCGUUUGUGGCGCCUGCGGCAGGGUUGAAUGAGGAUUAUGUGGGGACGCCGGUGGAGGCGGCGCUGAAGUUGAUCAAGGCGAAGGAUGGGAGUCAGGAGGGGGAUCCGGAGAAGGCGGCGCAGAGGAUUCUGGAGGUGGUGGAUGGGAAUGGGAUGGCGAGUGGGAUUGCUGAGAAGGGGUUUUUGAGGGUGGUGUUGGGGCCGGAUUGUUGGAAGAGGUUUUCGGGGAAGAUUGAGGGGGUUAGGGAGAAUUUGGAGGCCAUGAGGGAGAUUGCACAUUCGACUAGUUUUCAGUAG